GUACAUCUGUGUCCUUAUUGUAAUACGGCAACAUGCCCUCAGUUGGGAAAUCAUCAGACAUGACUUCCUCAUUGAUUUGCAGCGAAAUACAGUGCAGAGUAAGCUCUGUCCUAAACAGAGAUGUUAAGCAAUUCGGGAAGAAGUACAUGUUUGAUUCAAAUGAAGAAACCUGUUGGAACUCUGACCAGGGUGAUUCUCAAUGGGUUACCCUGGAAUUCCCACAGCCUAUCAGAGUGUCCCAAUUAAAGGUGCAGUUCCAAGGUGGAUUUUCAGGCAAAACAUGCAGAUUGGAAGGAUGUCUGAAAGAUGAAGACAUGGAUAAAAUCGCUGAUUUUUACCCAGAAGAUAACAGCUCACUACAAAGUUUUCCCAUUCAGGCGGCACCCACACUGAAUUGCCUAAAAAUAGUGUUUGAGAACAGUGCUGACUUUUUUGGGAGAAUAAUAGUGUACUCUUUGGACAUCCUGGGGGAAAGAGCUUUGUGACAUUUUUGCAUGGGUGAGAGAGACAGACCUACUGAGAGAGAGGUUGCCGUGGCAAUGAAGAAUAUGACUACCACCCUACAGGAACUGUUUUGAAGCUGAACCAUUUCUGACCAUUUUUGGUGAGGACAUUUUUGUUGGUCACCUGUUUGUGUCACAGCAAAAGGAGGACUUCUGUCAAAACUUGUAAGUGGAUUUUUAUUGCAGCUUUACAGGCUAGAAGGUUUGAGGUCACACAUCCACUUGGAUAUUUACAUUUGACUGUCUUACAGUUGAUUCUUCAUUGUCAUUUCCAAUAAACAGUGUAUAUUUUCAA